AUGUGCUCUCCUGCCAGUCCCAAAAUCGUAUACAGGAAUCCCCAGUUCCUCCGGUUAGCUUUUCUGCAGCUUCAUCACCAACAACAGAGUGGUGUGUUCUGUGAUGUCCUUCUGAAGGCAGAAGGUGAGGCAAUCCCAGCCCAUUGCUGCAUCCUGUCAGCCUGCAGCCCCUUCUUCACAGAGCGCCUGAAGCGGGAGUGGCCAGCUCCAGGCCAGAAGGUGGUGCUGGACCUAGAGGGCCUGAAGAUCAAGACACUUAGGAAGUUGGUGGACUUCCUGUAUACCUCAGAGAUGGAAGUAUCUCAAGAGGAAGCCCAGGAUGUGCUUUCUGCUGCCCGUCAGCUCCAUGUGUCUGAGCUAGAAUCCCUUCAGCUGGAGGGUGGGAAGUUGGUGAAGCCUCCUCAGGGCCGAAAACUGAACCGGAAGUGCUUCCAACCUCCAGGUGCCGCACCAAUCACUGCCAGGGUGGUGGCAUCCAGCCACUGCCAUUGUACUCCACUGCCUGUUACCCAGAUUCCCUGUCCUCCCGGAGCAGUGAGAUUGAAGUCCUCGGGGAAGGAGGAAGGGCCUCAGGAGAAGAGCAACCGACAGAAUGCAGAGAACUGGUCGGGCACUCUUCUGCUCAAGAGGAAGGCCAGAGUCUGCGGAACUCAAGAAAAAAACUCACCGUCAAGCCACAGUCAGGGACCUGAAGAGAAUAAAAGUGACCCUGCUCUUGGUCCUACAGCACUUUCCCUACCCAGCUUGUACCCUUCAGUGGAUGAGCGACUAUUGCCCAGAAAAAUCAGGCUGAGUCGUUCAAAGCCAUCUCCUGAUGUUUGUACAUCGAAGCCUUCCAGCAUUUUAAGUGGACCCAGCUCAGCACCCGCAGCCCCUGGCCGGCGUCUUUGGCGGCAGAAAAGUGUAAAUAAAGAAGCACCAGAGGACAAGCAGAAACGACAGAGAGUGAGUCCUCUACAGAGCACCCCAGGCCCGUGUGGUCUUGGAAAGAUAGGUGGGAGCAAGAAGCAGAGCUCUCAAGUCAGGGCACCGAACUCAGACUCUGCAGAGGAAGGACAUGUUGGGAAAGUGAAACUUCGGAAGAUUGUCAACGGUACAUGUUGGGAGGUGGUGCAAGAGCCUCCCCUCAAAAGUCCUCAAGACAGCCCUCAGAUCCCAGAACCCAGGGACUUAGAAGAGCCUCCAGGGACUAGGCCCUCCUCAGCUAAGGGGCGGGAAACGCCAUCGGCUAGCAUAGACCUGUGUCCAGACUCCUCUGUGUGCUCUAGGCUACGAGAUAUUCUUUCUGCCAGCCGCUCCCCAGACCACCCAGUAGUGAAGUCCGAGGUUGGGUCCAGUCCAGAGCUGGCAGGGAAGGAACCUGGUGUGGCUGUUGACGGCGGGGAGCCCUAUGCAUCUGACACAGCCCUACUCGGGCAGCCCUGUGAAGCUGAGGAGUACAGAAUCACAAGUGCUGCCGCCACCAGUGAGCUGGAGGAGAUCCUGGACUUCAUGCUCUGUGGCUCAGACACUCAGCCGCCUCUGGGGUCUCUGGAGAGUCCUGGAGCUGAGGACUGCAUGACCCCCCCGGCUUAUCACCUGACAGACACUGGGAAGAACUGGAUUGAAGGGGAAGAAUGGUGUUUGCCAGACAUGGAACUCUGCCCCAGAGAGCUCACAAAAUUGGAAAAGGAGCCUGUUAGUGAGAACAGAGAGUCAGAUGAGUCCUUUAGCACCCUUGUCAUGCCCACAGAGAACGAAGAGCCCAUUAAGUCACUUAGCCCCCUUGUCAUGCCCUCUGAGAUGAGUGAAGGGGAGGUGCUUUCAAUGGAAAGCUCUUGGACCAGAGACCUGGAAAUCACCUGCUCCCAGCCAUCUCAGAAGGACACACUUCUCCAUGCCCACUCCCUUGACACUCCCCAAAGGUCCUCUGAGGACCUCUUGCCAACUUGUUCUAACUGGGCAGAAACAGAGCCAGAAGAGUCCCUAACUAUGGAUGAAAUAUUGUACCCUGGUCCAGAGGCAGGCAGGGAGGUAUUUAGCAACUCAGAAUGGUUGGGCCCACUUCCUGCAAACUCUGAUGAGGAGAUCGAUGUGGUGGACUGGACAUCACAGGGGAGGCUGGUGCCUACCAGUAUUCCCUCUGUGUGGCCUGACCCUUCUUCAGAGUCAGAAACAGAGGUGGUAGACAUAUUAAUGUAGUGGAGUGGGGAGAGCAGGUAAGGCACUGGUAAGGUGGGUAAUGUUGGCUAGCAAAAGGUGUAUUGGUAGAGGCUGGCACAUGCACUGUUCUCUUACACAAGAUAGAUGUAGCCCUGGCACUAUUACAGAUCCCUCCUCCCCUCCCCAGGCUUUGGAAGCCCAGCAGAGGUCAAGUAGUUCCAUGGAGAGAAAAUGUUGAACUUACCCAUCUUACUAGUUUGUAAUCUGUAUUUCAGUUAGUGACAAUAAAUGGUCUCCAACUCUAGUGGAUCAUAGGUAACAGCCAAGGCUUUCUAGGUGGAGGAAUCUAUAGUUACUGCUAAUCCAGAAGUUGAGAAAGAACACUGUGGUGGGGGUUCUGUGUAAGAGAAAAUGUUCCAGAAGGUAGUGUGUGAAGUAGUGCUGGGGCGGAACACUGAACGGGUGGGAGUGACACAAUAUUGUCCAGUACCUAAUGUGGGGUUUUUAUCCACUGCCAGGAUGGGAAGUCUAGCCAAAACCUCUGUGAAGAACAGGAAGAUUACUCCCAUCAUUACUUCCAGUGAAUUAAAAGAGAUCCAAUUGUUUUUUUAAAAUAAAAAU